AUGAUUAGUUUAUAUGAUGCGCCUACACUCGAGAAGGGAUGUAAAAUAUAUAUUCAAAUUAAUAAAGAAAAUUUUUUGAAAAGCAAAGGAUGGGAAGAAGUUGAAAAAACGUUUCCAAAUUUGGCCUAUAGAAUUUUGAAGUCUGUCCUUUGUGAUGAUAUUUGUUUUUGAUAUUGAUAUAUAUUGUAUAUUGUUGUAUUUAUGUAUGUAAAUAGAAAAUAAUUGUAAUAAAUUUGAUAGAACGAAAUUCGAAAAAAAUUUCCAAGGGGAAUAAGAGUAGUAGAAUAGGAGUAAAUUUGGGCGCGAUGAGAAUUGGGCGUUAGCGCUUAUAAAAUGGAAAGAUAAAAACAUAACGCCGUAAAAUUUUAUAAAAAUAUCCUCGAGAGUGAUAACUAGCUCUCCUAA